GCCGCAGUCACCAAAGAGGAGUGUCAGGUAGUCGAGGCGGAAGCCAAAGAAGGAGCCGAAAAAGCCACUGCCAUCAAAGAAGAUGCAGAGAAAGAUCUGAACGAAGCACUGCCUGCACUGAACGUGGCAGAGAAGGCGCUGAAAGCCUUGAAGCUCUCGAGCCUGCAGGACCUACGAAACAUCUCACAACUUGGAUACUGGGUCGAGAUCAAGGCUUUGGCCAAGCCGCCGGAUGGUGUGAAGUUGACCUUGGAGGCUGUUUGCGUGAUGUUUCAGGUCAAGCCGAUCAAGAAAGCAGACCCGAAUCAGCCGGGAAAGAAGUUUGAUGACUACUGGGAGGCUUCUCAAAAGGGACCACUGAGCGAUCCCAAGAAACUUCUGGACGAUCUCUUUGAGUUUGACAAGGACAACAUCGCGGAACCUGUCAUCAAGAAGAUCUCAGAGUACGUGGACCGUGAGGAGAUUCUACUUGAUCCACGGACCUGCUGUUCCUAG